AUACACAUUUUUCUUUAAUAUCAUUAUAUAUUUAUUCUUUUCUUGUGGACCUUAAUCUUCAUGUUAAUAUAUAUAGUCAUAAUUGAGAAUACCCUCUCCACCAUGUUAGUUACAACUUACAAUAUGAUAAUCAUUACAUCGUUUAAUUUUAUUUCCCCCUUUUUACAAACCUUUCCAAAUAAAACUUCCUCAUGAUAUCAAUUUUUUCAAACACAAACACACCAAAAAUAUAGAGACAACAGAUGAAGGCACCUCUGCAGCUCCUCUUCAUAAUUACCUUUCUCGGUUCAUUCCUCCGUGCAAGGCCAGAAACCGACUCUUGUACCAGCAAUCUGAACCUCAAAGCUCCAACCCCUUUUGAUACAACCAACCUCCACUGUCUUUCUGUAUGGGAUGCUCAAGGUUUCAUCCUCAGGUAUGUUCAGACUUCUACAAACAUUUGGAGCUUCAUUCUCUCAACUCCAGACACAAAUUCUUACAUAGCUAUUGGAUUUUCGGCCAGCGGCAGCAUGGUAGGUUCAAGUGCAAUUGUGGGGUGGGUGGCAUCCAGAGGAGCUAGUGGAGGGAUAAAGCAGUAUUAUCUCGGUGGGGUUACCGCAAAUCAGGUAGUUCCUGAUAAAGGAAACUUGCAGGUUAUAGGCAAUUCAUCAUUCAUCAGUUUGCAAUCUUCUCGUUUAUAUUUGGUGUUUCAGUUAGAAACUACUGAACCUUUGUCCUGGUUGAUACUUGCCACUGGAUCCACUGGUUUAUUCCCCGCAGCACCAAAUUAUUCGCUAACAAAACACCUAGACAAGUUUUCCACAAGAAUAGACUACUCAAAAGCAAACAAUGGAAGUUCACAAGUGAAUGGAAAUUCUUCUUCACAAGGAGAUGGAAAUAGUUCACAAGGUGAUUCAUGUGACUCCAAGCUAAAUCUCAGUAUUCCUCUCAACUUUGACAUAACCAAGCUCAAUUGCCUUUCUGUUUGGAAUGCUCAAGGAUACAUUCUUAGAUAUUCUCAAACUUCUUCAAACAUAUGGAGCUUCAUUCUCUCAGCUCCAAACCAAAAUUCUUAUAUAUCAAUAGGGUUCUCUCCUAAUGGAGGCAUGGUAGGUUCAAGUGCAAUUGUAGGGUGGAUUUCAUCCAAUGGAGCUAUUGGAGGCAUGAAACAAUAUUAUCUAGCAGGGUAUGCACCAAAUCAAGUGGUUCCAGAUAGAGGCAACUUAGCAAUUAUUAACAAUUCAACUUUGAUCACAUCACAAUCGUCGCGUUUAUACAUGGUUUUCCAGCUACAAACUAAUCAACCUUUAUCGCGGUUGAUCUAUGCCGUCGGACCUAAUGGAGUCUUCCCUACAGUUCCAAGUUUUGCUCUAAUGCAGCACCAAGACAAAGUUUCUGUAACUGUUAAUUAUGCCACAGGUUCAAGUGUAUUAGGAAACUCAUAUGUGAACCUAAAAAGAAGCCAUGGAGUGUUAAAUAUAUUGGGAUGGGGUAUAUUUAUCAUAAUGGGAGCAAUAGUUGCUCGUUAUUUCAAGGAUUGGGAUCAAUUUUGGUUUAAUUUCCAUGCUUCAGUUCAAUCAUUGGGCUUUAUACUUGGAUUAAUAGGUGUAAUUACUGGGCUUAUUCUCAAUAAUCAACUCAAUGUUGAUUUUAAUCUUCACAAGGCUCUUGGAAUCAUCAUUCUUGUUCUUGCUUGCCUCCAGGUAAUGGCUUUUGUUGCUCGACCAAAAAAGGAAUCAAAAGUGAGAAAGCAUUGGAAUUUAUAUCAUCAUAACAUAGGGAGAAUAGUAAUUAUAUUAGCCAUAGCCAACAUUUUCUAUGGAAUCCAUUUAGGCAAAGAAGGAAGUCAAUGGAUGGUAGCUUAUGGAAUUGUGCUUGCAAUAUUGCUCUCUAUUGCAGUAAUUUUUGAGAUUGGACUGUGGAGUAAAGACUAAAUUCUUUUCUUUAUUUAGAUAAUUUUAAAUUGUUUCAUCAUUGGUUUUCAUCUUGGAGCUCUUUAGAUUCUUUUGUAAUCUUAUUUUACCAGAUGAUUAGAAAUGGAUUAAUUUUACAUUAAACA